AUGGCAACGAGGUACGACAGCGUCGGCAGCACGAAGAACGAGCCUAUGAAGGCUUUGAACGCUGUCAGUGAACCUGCAUACACCGCCCCAGUGCAAGUCAUAAAGAUGCCGUAUGCUAGAGUCGAGGAAAGCGGGCUCUGCCAUUGCGAACUGACUGCGCCAAUCUUACUUGCAAACGGGGUUGCGCCGUCACGACCGAGUGCGUAG